GGCCGGGCGGCUGGCCGGAGAAACGCCCAACGUCACCUAAAGAGGAAGGGCUACGGGUCUUUCCAAAAUGGCGACGACCAUAGAGAGCAGCAAUGCUGGAGCUGCGAGCAAGAAAAAACACCUCGGGAUCCCCGAAGCGAUCUUCGUGGAGGAUGUGGACUCCUUUAUGAAGCAGCCCGGCAAUGACACAGCAGAUGCUGUACUAAGGAAGCUCGAUGAACAGUAUCAGAAAUAUAAAUAUAUGGAGCUUAACCUGUCCCAGAAGAAACUCCGGUUGAAAAGCCAGAUUCCACAAAUCAAGCAGACGUUAGAAAUCUUACGGCACAUGCAGAAGAAAAAGGACACUACAGAUCCAAUGGCGACUCACUUCCUUUUGGCUGAUAACGUGUACUGCAAGGCCUCCGUCCCUCCCACAGAUAAAGUGUGUUUGUGGCUUGGGGCAAACGUAAUGUUGGAGUAUGACAUAGACGAAGCCCAGUCACUCCUGGAGAAGAACCUCGCCACAGCCUCCCGAAACCUGGAGUCCCUAGAAGAGGACCUGGAUUUCCUCCGAGACCAGUUCACAACCACUGAAGUCAAUAUGGCGCGUGUCUACAACUGGGACGUCAAGAGGAGGAGCAAAGACAACCUCCUCAAAUCUGCUGAAAAGUCUUAGAGGAGGGGCAUUGCUUUUCCAUCCCCGACCACACCCCAAAACUCUCACCCCUGAUAGUACCAACUGCCCCAUGUGUCCACCUACUUCCACACUGUUAUCUAUUGAUUUGUUACUUUUUAAAAUAUUUUUUCAAGUAAAAAGGAAAAAAGAAAUCAAACAGAA